GAUCCAAGGCGAGCGCCAUUUUCUCCCUCCAAAACCACUCUCCCCAUCCCUUCUCUUUGCAAGCUCUAUACGCGUCGCCAUUGUCGCUCUCCAAAGCCACAACCAUGUCCUCCUCAUCCUCCUCCUUCGACUUCGGCUCCGACUCUACCUUUCUCCCGCUCCUGAUCUCCCCAACAAGCUCACUCACCUCACUCUUCGCUCUCCUCGUUGUGACGCUGUCCUUCCUCUGGUUCUACCCCGGUGGCGUCGCAUGGGCCUUCUCCAAGGUCCGCGUCUCCGUUCCCGGUCCACCCGGCAUCGUCUUCGCCCUCUCCGGCACCGCCGCCCACCGCGUCCUCGCGAAGCUCUCCUCGUCUCUCCAAGCCACGAAGCUCAUGGCUUUCUCCGUCGGGAUCACUCGCUUCGUCGUCUCCACCCACCCCGACACGGCGAAGGAGAUCCUUAACAGCUCCGCCUUCGCCGACCGCCCCAUCAAGGAGUCCGCGUACGAGCUCCUCUUCCACCGCGCCAUUGGCUUCGCUCCUUUCGGUGAGUACUGGAGGAAUCUCAGGAGAAUCUCUGCUACUUAUUUGUUUAGUCCGCGGAGGAUCGCGGCUUCUGUGGAGCAGCGCGUCGAGAUAGGGAAGCAGAUGGUGGAGGAAGUAAAGGGCCAAAUGGCAAAGAGUGGAGUGGUGAGUGUGAAGAGGGUGUUGCAUUAUGGCUCGCUGAACAACGUCAUGAUGAGCGUUUUCGGUAAAAGCUACGAUUUUGCCAAGGGAGAGGGGGCGGAGGUGGAGGAGAUGGUGAGCGAAGGGUAUGAGUUGCUUGGGACGUUCAACUGGAGCGACCACGUUCCCUUUCUGGGUUGGUUGGAUCUCCAAGGUCUGAGGAAGAGGUGUCGGCGGCUAGCCGCCGAAGUGAACGUGUUUGUUGCAAGGAUCAUAGAGGAGCACAGGGUGAGGGAAAAAGCUAGUGUCACUGUUGGCGAGGAACUAGUUGUUGGGGACUUUGUGGAUGUGUUACUCCACUUGGAGCAAGGUGAGAAGCUCUCGGACUCCGACAUGAUCGCUGUGCUUUGGGAGAUGAUAUUUAGAGGGACCGACACAGUAGCCAUCCUCUUGGAAUGGAUCAUGGCCCGGAUGGUGCUACACCAGGACAUCCAAUCCAAUGCACAAUCCGAGAUCGACUCCGUCGUUGGGAACACCCGCCCGGUCUCCGACUCCGACGUUCCAAACCUCCCUUAUCUCCAAUCCAUCGUCAAAGAGGCCCUCCGAAUGCACCCUCCGGGCCCGCUCCUCUCCUGGGCCCGCCUCGCUGUCCACGACGUCCAUGUCGGCGACAGCCUCGUCCCUGCCGGCACCACCGCCAUGGUCAACAUGUGGGCGAUAGCCCGCGACGAGCGCAUCUGGCCCAAACCCGACGAGUUCGAUCCCAAACGGUUCGCGGGGUCGGAUCUGAGCCUGAUGGGAUCGGAUCUGAGGUUGGCUCCGUUCGGGUCCGGUAGGAGGGUUUGCCCCGGAAAAGCCCUGGCCAUGGCCACCGUCCACCUGUGGCUCGCGCAGCUGCUUCAGACCUUCAGGUGGGUCCCGUCGGAGGGUGGCGUUGACUUGUCGGAGUGCUUGAAGAUGUCGCUUGAGAUGAAGAAUCCUCUGGUGUGUCGUGCCAUUCCCAGGUUCUGAACAUAUAUAUAUAUAUACAUAUAUAUAUAUAUAUAUAUGUAUAUAUAUAUAUAUAUAUAUGUACAAGUUGGGUGUGUUGACCUUCCGCUGGUCGGUCAAACUGUUGGAGACGUGCUGUGACUUUAAAGUCUCCAAGAUUUUGUACGUAGCUAGGUGCUUGCGUUGAACUUCUAGUUUCUUUUGUUCCUGCAUGUAUUAACAUUAGGUUAUGACCUAUGAGAUGUGUGGUGUGCAUAUGGCUAAGGUUUAAUAGCGUAAUAGUAUGCCUAGCUUUGUGUACGUUGUAAGAUGUUGGUCUUAUAUAUUAUAUCUGCCUUGUUUGA